UGCAAAACUCCCUUAAAAACCAAAGCGUCUUUCUUGCUCUUUAAACCAUCUCGAUUUGCUUUUUCAGUUUUCACAACUCGUACAAGCUCUCUCUGUUACUCUCUCUCUGCGCUAGGGUUUCGAUCAAAUUUCAGAACGAAUUCAAUGGAAGGCGGAGGCAAUCUAGAGGCGUCGAUAGAGCAAUUGCUGAAUGUGGAGAAGCAGAUGAGGCUGGCCGGCGAGGUGGCCGGCACCAAAAAAGCCGCCACUGACAUUCUUCAGCUCUGCUUCGAAGCGCGAGCCUGGAAGACCCUCAAUGAUCAGAUUAUUCUGUUGUCCAAGCGCCGGGGUCAGCUUAAACAGGCUGUAACUGCGAUGGUCCAGCAAGCAAUGCAAUAUAUAGAUGAGACACCAGAUGUUGAAACUCGUAUAGAGCUCAUUAAAACAUUAAAUAGUGUAUCUGCCGGGAAGAUAUAUGUUGAGAUCGAAAGAGCCCGGUUGAUCAAGAAACUUGCAAAGAUUAAGGAAGAACAGGGGCUUAUAGCUGAAGCUGCAGAUUUGAUGCAAGAAGUUGCAGUGGAAACUUUUGGUGCCAUGGCAAAAACUGAGAAAAUUGCAUUCAUUCUUGAACAAGUACGUUUGUGCUUAGAUCGCCAGGAUUUUGUACGUGCUCAAAUAUUGUCGAGGAAGAUUAGUCCAAGGGUUUUUGAUGCUGAUACUUCGAAAGAAAAGAAAAAGCCUAAAGAAGGUGACAACAUGAUUGAAGAACCUCCUGCUGAUAUACCAUCUUUGUUGGAGUUGAAGCGGAUCUACUAUGAAUUAAUGAUAAGGUAUUUUACCCAUAACAACGAUUAUCUUGAAAUUUGUCGCUGCUAUAAGUCAAUUUACGACAUUCCGUCUGUCAAAGAAAACCCAGCACAGUGGAUGCCGGUCCUGAGGAAAAUCUGUUGGUACUUGGUUCUCGCACCACAUGACCCAAUGCAGUCGAGCCUUCUCAAUUCAACCUUGGAGGAUAAGAAUCUUUCUGAGAUUCCAAAUUUCAGGUUGCUGUUGAAACAAGUGGUCACAAUGGAGGUCGUCCAAUGGACAUCUCUUUGGAAUACAUACAAGGAUGAGUUUGAGAAUGAAAAGGGCAUGCUUGGAGGCUCUUUGGGUGACAAAGCAGCAGAAGACCUUAGACAGAGAAUAAUUGAACAUAAUAUUCUUGUUGUUUCAAAGUACUAUUCAAGGAUCACCUUGAAGAGACUUGCAGAGCUGUUGUGCCUCAGUAUCCAGGAAGCUGAGAAGCAUCUUUCAGACAUGGUUGUGUCCAAGGCACUAGUGGCAAAAAUAGACAGGCCAAUGGGAGUAGUCUGUUUCCAAACAGCAAAGGAUAGCAAUGACAUUCUUAACUCGUGGUCGCUGAACUUGGAAAAGCUGCUUGAUCUUGUUGAGAAGAGUUGCCACCAAAUACACAAAGAAACCAUGGUUCACAAGGCUGCUCUGAAAGUUUGAAAAUGAUACAUUCGCCCAAAUCGCUGGUUGCCUCAAAUUAAGCUGUGACUGAAGUGCUUUAGAUCAUAUUGAUUAUCACAUUUGCUGACUGGGUUGGUAAGGCUGCAUUUAUCAGGUGUUUUAUCCGUUACUUAUUUGUUUUUGUCGGUCAGAUCAGAAAUAGGGAAAUUGAAUAUGCUUCCUGGAACUCUGAUAGUAAGAUUGUUGUAUACUACCGGCACAAUACCUUGCCGCUGACUAAUGGCAGGUCCCUGAAAUGGGCUUUUGUUUAUAGCGGUGGAAAGAAAUUGAGUGCUUGUAUUCUUUUGCCAUUUUAGAGAUUUGGACAUCUUCCACAUCA